AUGCAGUUUAGCGCGACCGGAAGCGGAGCGCCGGAAGUGUUCGAGAACGCGCGUUAUUUCACGGAACUUUCGUACAACAGCCCUCACGGAGGCAGGGAUUAUUUCUCGGGUUCCGCCGCGCCUUAUCAGCGAUACCCGAGUAGAGUAUUUCCAGACCACUACCAAUACACGGGGAAUUCUAGCACUACAACGCCGCCCAGCUUUUACAGUACACAAAACGCAGAUUACAAUCAUCAGAAUAACAGCAGAAGUGGCAAAGUGCUCUCUCAAGGCUCGCCGUCUGAGAGUCACCAGAAACAGUCGAAACAUGCCGGAAUAAAGGAGGACGCGGACGAUAAAGCAAAGACCGUUAAACCGAGCAUGUCGCCAGACACGAAGGAUGUGAAGUGUUCCGAACAUUGCAGUUCCAACGAUGAGGAGUUGGAUAUCAAACACGACAGUCCGAUGUCGUCUUGUGGCAGUUCUUUAAAGGACGAAAUAUCCGACAAAAGCGGUGAUGAUGUGAACUCUGCGGACGACACUGGGGAUGAACAUUUGACUCACGUUCUGGCUCCAGGGUACCACGGAGAAAAUAGGCGGUGCCUACUAUGGGCUUGCAAGGCCUGUAAACGUAAAAGUGUUCAAAUUGACCGCCGUAAGGCCGCGACGAUGCGGGAGCGCCGUCGGCUUAGGAAAGUGAAUGAAGCUUUCGAGGUUCUCAAGAAACGGACGUGCCCGAACCCCAACCAAAGACUUCCCAAGGUGGAAAUUCUACGGAACGCGAUUGAAUAUAUCGAGAGUUUGGAGGACAUGUUACACGGCAAUCGUCUGGUGAGACCUGAUGACCAUCUCAACGAAUCUGGGUCAAAUAACGGCUCAGAUUAUAUGACGGUGAACAGUCCUCACUUCUAUCCGGACAAACUGCACCAUAUGUCCGAACUGAACGGCUACAAUUCACACCAGAAUGGUUACAUGGACCAUGUUCAUCAUCAGACGCAUCACCACCAACAUCAUCAUCAACAGCAACAACAACAACACUCACAGGGUGGAAGCAACGUAUCAAGUCUAGACUGUCUCUCGCUGAUUGUCGAAAGCAUCAGUGCCACUUCCGGAUCUCCAAUGAUGACGUCACUUGCUCCAACAGAACGCCCUUUAUAAAAAGUUACGUUUGUUCUACUAACUCGUGCUUUUUAUUGGAUUAAACAUCAAAGUGUGAUAAAAAGUGGUGUGUCCUUAUUUUAUCUGUUGUGCAGUUGUUGAAUUAUAUAUUUAGUGACCAAUUAACAAAUCAUUUUGCAUUUAUUAUACUGAAAAAAUGAACAGAAAAUGCUUGAAGU